GAAGGCUCCUCCCAGCCUCAUAUAAUGGACCACUUGCUCCUGGUUCCUCAAACUGAGCAAUGUGUUGCUUUCUAGAGGUUACACGACUACGGUUGCCAGGAAUCUGAGUCUGCCUUGCAAGCCUGCUUUCUCUCAGCUGACAUCCUUCAAAACCAGCCUCCUCUCAGUACAAAGAGGCUUUCUGAUGCAGCAGGGCUUCUUCUUUGAUCAUUGGGGGCCAGGAUUGGCUCAGAAAUGGCUGCUUGCAGUCUUGCUCUGCCUCAGGUGUGGAGGUAAGUCCCGCCUACCACCUUUCUUCCAAAAAUCAGAGAAAUCCCCAUGCUGCUUUUUGAGCUUUGAUAGGUAGUUUGGGAUGUUUUAGCAGGGACAACCUCUGAGAGGCUUACUCUGGAAGCCCAAAACAAACAGAGGAUGACUAUGGCUGCUACUGUGUUGGUAAAUACCAUCGUGGGGAAGAGGGGCUUACUUCAAUAUUAAAAUGGUGUCUGCAGCCAGCAUAUCCACAUAACUCACCUUAAAUAUCCAGCAUAUUUGAAUCUCCAUAGAUAAUGGUUCAAUCUUUUGGAAAAUAAAUUUGCAGAAAACAAAUCUGCAAACAAACAAAAACACACCUUUAAACCAGUGCUGAUGGUUUGCUAUGAAACCAUAAUAAUAAUAAUAAUAAUAAUAAUAAUAAUAACAACAAUAACAACAACAACAAUAAUAACAAUAAUUUAUUAUUUCUACCCCACCCAUCUGGCUGGGUUUCCCCAGCCACUCUGGGCGGCUUCCAACAAAACGCUAAAAUACAAUAACCUAUUAAACAUUAAAAGCUUCCCUAAGCAAGGCUGUCUUCAGAUGUCUUCUAAAAGUUUGGUAGUUAUUUUUCUUUUUAACAUCUGGUAGGAGGGCAUUCAACAGGGUGGGUGCCACUACCAAGAAGGCCCUCUGCCUGGUUCCCCAUAAUGUGGCUUCUCGCAGCGAGGGAACCACCAGAAGGCCCUCGGCACUGGACCUCAGUGUCCGGGCAGAACAAUGGGGGUGGAGACGCUCCUUCAGGUAUACUGGACCGAGGCCAUUUAGGGCUUUAAUGGUCAGCACCAACACUUUGAAACGUACUGGGAGCCAGUGUAGGCCUUUCAAGACCAGUGUUAUAUGGUCUCGGCAGCCGCUCCCAGUCACCAGUCUAGCUGCCGCAUUCUGGAUUAGUUGUAGUUUCCGGGUGACCUUCAAAGGUAGCCCCACAUAGAGCGCAUUGCAGUAGUCGAAGUGAGAGAUAACUAGAGCAUGCACCACUCUGGCGAGACAGUCUGCAGGCAGCUAGGGUCUCAGCCUGUGUAUCAGAUGGAGCUGAUAAACAGCUGCCCUGGACACAGAAUUGAUCUGUACCUUCAUGGACAGCUGUGAGUCCAGAAUAACUCCCAGGCUGCGCACUUGGUCCUUCAGGACCAGGGAGUCCUCCACACCCGCCCGCCUCCUGUCCCCCCAAAACAGAACUUCUGUCUUGUCAGGAUUCAACCUCAAUCUGUUAGCCACCAUCCAUCCUCCAACCGCCUCCAGACACUCACACAGGACAUUCACCGCCUUCACUGGUUCUGAUUUGAAAGAGAGGUAGAGCUGGGUAUCAUCUGCAUAUUGAUGGACAUCCAGCCCAAACCCCCUGAUGCUCUCUUCCAGUGGCUGGAUGGAGAUGUUGAAAAGCAUGGGGAAAGGACAGAACCCUGAGGCAUCCCACAAGUGUGAGCCCAGGGGUCUGAACACUCAUCCCCCCCCCACUUUCUAGACAUGGCCCAGGAGGAAGGAGCGGAACCACUGUAUGACAGUGCCCCCAGCUCCCAGCCCCUCUAGACAGUAACACAACACAUGAUGUACUCCCUCAGAAGCAUUUCUAAUUUCACCUCCCCACUUUAUGCCAAAUUGGUGGUAGCAAAGGGACUAGUAGUUUCCCUUUCUGCAACAGGGAUGACCUUAUUUUUUUUCUUUUUCCCCCCAAGUGAAUUUUUAUUGUUUUCCUUACAUAUUCUUUUCCAACAAAUUGUAAUAGCACCAUACAUUCCCUUUGACUCUGCCGAGUCACGACCCCCCUCCCUCCCCACAACUGGUAUAUUUAUCCUCUUUCCAUCACACACAUCAUUCUCAAAUUAGUACUAUUAUACAUUGGAGGUAUUAUGUCAAUCCUGCUAGUGUCUUGACCUCUUUACAAUUCUUCUUGAAAUAUUCAAUAAAUUUACUCCAGUUAUUUUGGUAUCUUUGAUCUCCCUGGUCCCGGAUCCUCCCUGACAGUUUGGCAAGUUCUGCAUAUUCUGUCAACUUCGCCUGCCACUCCUGUAUAGUUGGUAUAUCUUGUACUUUCCAUCUUUGGGCCAGAAGGGUCCUCGCGGCAGCUGUAGCAUACAUGAACAAAUUUUGAUCUUCUAUUUUAAUUUCUGUUCCUAUUAAGCCUAAUAGACACGCUUCCGGUCUUUUGGGGAAAGUAUAUCUAAAUAUUUUUUUGAGUUCAUUAUAAAUUGAUUCCCAAAAUUUUUUUACCUUAUCGCAGGUCCACCACAUAUGGAAAUAGUCCCCAUCUGCCUUUUUGCAUUUCCAACACUUUCUUUCAGGGAUGACCUUAAGCUACAAAACUCCCGCCUGUGUCCUUGUUGCUAUGCUCUGUGAAGUGCAAGGCUAUGAGCAAUGCAGGUGGGGUACCAGCUGUUAGAUUGCUACAGGGAAGUAACUGGACUUUAAAAUUUUCAUGGAACUUUUCCCGCCUCUGGAAGCAUCCUCUCUACAAAGACCAAGUUGGCUUUGAAGGGGAGGGAGUAGGGCUGGAUCUACAUGGACCUGUUUAAUGUUACCCCCCCCAUUAGAACAAUAUUAGAUACAUUGUUCCAAAACAAUACUUGACAAUGAUAACAUAUUUUUUUUUACCUUUCUCUCUCCUUUUUUAGUCAAAUGUAAGUAAUGCUGUUUCUGUACCUGCUGCUGGCUGCUUGCUCUGCCCUGCCCUCUGCUGUCACAUUUUAAUUAUCCCUCCCUCCCUGAACCCUGUCCCUCAAAUACCAUGAGAGGGGGAUUGGAGUUUGAAUGCAGCAAAAAUUGGGUAAAACACCAUACAGGGACAUAUGAGCAGUGUUUCACCAAUAUAGCAGCAUAAAAUGAUUAAAAAUUAAGCGAUUUGUUGUGUUCUGAAGGCAAAGGAAGGACUGGACCCUGAUUAAUACAAUAGACACGAGGCUUGACGAGCAAGACCUUUGGGAGAAAGUUUGCUUGCCACACCCUGGCCCAGGCCAUUUUUAUUACCAAAAGAACUUUGACACAGCGUUUGUAAGAACCAAUCAGAUUUCCUCUGAGCAUUUCAAAAAUCCCCACGUGGGGACAAAGUCAGAUCAGAGGAAGCCUCUUAACUACAAAGAACUACUUCCUAUUUGAGCAUGCAUACAUGUUCAGGCUAAAUAAACAGGAAUCAAGGAGGAAUGCAUUCAUCAAACCCCGGAGGUAAUAAACCAUAGGAAAGGAAGGACAGGCAAGGAAAGACAGGCAUUUUACCACCUCCUUGUGAACUCUGUUUCCUGGCCCUAAGAUUAACAAAAGCUACAUCAAAGCUACCUCCUUAUCUUUAUGUACCCAGGAUGCCUGGUAAGCAACUGGUCUGUGUAGAAUGCUUAUACAGUGGUACCUUGGGUUACAUAUGCUUCAGGUUACAUACGCUUCAGGUUACAGACUCCGCUAACCCAGAAAUAGUGCUUCAGGUUAAGAACUUUGCUUCAGGAUGAGAACAGAAAUUGCGUGGCGGCGGCGCGGCAGCAGCAGGAGGCCCCAUUAGCUAAAGUGGUGCUUCAGGUUAAGAACAGUUUCAGGUUAAGAACGGACCUCCGGAACGAAUUAAGUACUUAACCUGAGGUACCACUGUACGUGACUGUCAGGCAUAGAGAAAAUGGGGCAGAGAUGAAGACUUGUGGGGUUGAAUCAGAAAUCGUGUCAAUGACUCAAACCGAGUCAAAGUAACGCUUUCACUGCUGACACAAUGGCUUGCUUCAUUUUUCAUAAUUCCUCAUAGCAAUCCCACAUGACCACCACAGCGAUUAAAAAAGACAAAGUAAUAACACAUUAUGAACGUAAAUAGCAGGACAUCAUGUGUCCAUCUAGCUUAUCAAAAGCAUUCCUUAACCCUUCCUUAAUGUUAAAAACCAUGAUUGUAGAUUGUAGCCCUGGGUUGCACAUGGAGAGGUUGGCGCCUGUUUUGCUACAUUAGAUUCUGCAACCUGGGGUUGAUUUCUGGGAAAGGCUGACUUGCCAAUCGGGCCUCUGCAGCAGCCUUACUGGGGCUAAAUUGCUAUAGGGCUUGAUUUUUAACUGAUUCACCAUUUAGAAAAAGUUAUGUUAGGUCUUGUCUUCACUGAUGGAAAGAAGAAAGAGUCCCUAACAGAGAGGAAUGGCAAACUAAGCUGUUAGACUAUGCUGAAAUGGCAAAACUGACUGGGAAACUCAGAGACCAAGAAGACAAGAAAUUAAAGGAAGGAUGGGAGAAAUUUAUAAUUGAUUUAGCAGACCACUGUAAGCAGAUGAAAACAUUAGCAGGAUUUAAAUCUCACUUGUAAUGUAACAAAUAUCAUGGAUAAUAUGGAUUGAUAUAAAACAUAGACUAUGAAAUAAUAUGCAGUUGGAAAUGUUGACAAUAGAAUGUGUAUGUGUGGGAGGGGGGAGUCACAAGAUUAAGAGAAAUCUCAUAUUAUGGCUAUGUAUUUGGCAUUGCAAUUGUUUUUUCAUUUGUAAAGCCAAAUCACAAUGUGGUGUGUGUGGUUUUUUAAAAAAGAUAUUGUCUUCACUGUUCACUAACGUUUUCUUUCUUUUUUUUACUCCCUCUUCCAAACCUUUGAUGAAGUUGCCACAGCAGUGUCAGAAAAAUGGCAUACUCUUCGCCAUCUGUGGAUUACAUGUCUAGGAGUCUGGAUGUUAGUGAUGGUGGUGGAUGGUAAAGAAAUUAUGCAUGCGAGAACUCCAUUGUUCGCAAGCAAACCUUUCGUAGUGCUAUGGAACGCACCAACCAGACUGUGCCAGCUGCGGUACAAGGUGGAUUUAGACCUUAGAACUUUUAAAAUUUACGCAAAUCCCAAUGACGAUUUGAGUGGCUCCACUGUGACAAUAUUUUAUCACAAUCGCUUGGGCUACUACCCCUAUUUAAAGAGCCCCGUUAAGCCCAUCAAUGGAGGGAUACCACAGCGCGGAAACCUUUACAAGCACAUCGCCAAAGUCAAGUCUGAUCUCAAAAAGGCCAUACCUACGAAUCAAUUCCAGGGACUUGGAGUCAUUGACUGGGAAGACUGGAAGCCCCAGUGGAUGAGGAACGUGGGCACUAGAAAUAUGUACAAAAUUUCGUCUCUCGAACCUAUUAGAAAGGAGAAUCCUCACUGGUCUAGUUUCAGAAUCAGGAGCACCGCCAAGCAAGCAUUUGAAAAGGCAGGGGAGACGUUUAUGAAGAACACCCUUAUCCAAGUGAAAAGAAUGAGACCAAAGGGACUCUGGGGUUACUAUCUAUACCCGGAAUGCCAUAAUUAUAAUUUCAUGGUGCAUCCAGAUAAAUACACAGGAAAAUGUGAAAAGCUUGACUUGAAAUUGAACGACCGUCUGCUUUGGUUAUGGAAAGAAAGCACUGCCCUAUAUCCUUCGGUACACCUGCAGCACAAGCUGCAGUCAAGUCGGAGCUCUCAGAGAUUUGUGCGCUAUCGGGUUAUGGAAGCAAUGCGUGUUGCUACCAUGGCUAGAAAGGACUAUGCCUUGCCUGUUUUUGUGUAUUCUAGGCCAUUUUAUGCCAGAACGUUCAGCCCUUUGACAGAGGUAAGGGGAAAGGCAUAGACUAGAAUCUAUAAACCUCCCAGAACCAGCUUAAACAUUAGUGUUGAGCAGGUACCUGAUUGUAUACAGGUGAAAGAUUCAAUGUUAGAGAAACCAGCUUAAACAUUACUGUUGAGCUGAUUGUAUACACGUGAAAGCUCCAAUGCUAGAGAAAGGAAUUCAUGCAAGAUCCUAGGACAACCUCUGUCACUAAGUAGGCAAUGCUCUGAAACCAGAAAUCCGUGCUCCAGAGAGUGAACUAGUAUCCUUUCGGCUCCAAAAGUGCAGUAGUCUCACAAGUAGACAAUCUCUUGAGUAGUUGUUGCCUUGCAAGGGACUUUCCAGCAGAUUGUUCAUACAGAGGGGCCACCUAUGGAGGAGAACUUUGCAGAAUGGAAGCUCCUGGCUCUCAGCAGGGUUUUUUUUAGCUGAAACAUUUGUCCUGCUCCCCAAAACAAUUUAAUGCUGCUUCCAGGGCAGGCUGGGCUGUCCCCAGAAUGACCCAGGGUGGGUUGGCCUGAGCUGAACCUCCACAAUCAUAUAUGUUAGGGUUGCUAUAUUUCAAAAAGUGAAAAUCCAGACACAAAAGUUGUUAAUCAUUUAUUCUUCUUGUUCUUCUUAAUUUGGCUAAAGUUUCUGAGCUGCCUUUUUUUUUUUUUGCAAAAUUUUCCCAAAAAAUAUAUCUAGUUUUUGAGGUAUUUUUAAGGAAAAUCGCCAAAAUAACACUUCCGGCAUGAGUUGCCAUAUGUCUGGGUUUUCGGGAAUUCCACCUGGAGGAAUCCUGGAUAUGUCCAGGAAAGGAAAAACCCAGACAUAUAGCAGCCCCAAUAUAUGUGUACUAUAACACAGAUACAUAUACAUUUAAACCACAAAUAUAUGCAUUUAAACCAUAAACACUCUAAAAAGAAAUAUACUGUCAUGGUGAACAGAGCAGGACUAAGCACUCUCUUCCCUAAAUGCACAAUACACCCAGAGGUGCCAGAUUCUCUAUGAAAUUGAGGGGGCCCAACACAGCACCCUGAUAUCGUGAGUGAGGUCCUCUGAAUAUUGAAGGGGCUCUGCCCUUUCAAAAAAAAAGAAAAAAAAAGAUGGGGAGGGGUCAAAGUGCCUUGGCCUCCAGGAGCCAACGCCUUUAAACACACCAGAAUGUUCUUCAUGUGGUGAUGAAAAGUUGGCAACAGCAGAACGGGGUAUAUGUGUGUGUGUCAUAUUUCUAGUGGGAGAGAGUUCCUCAGCAGAGCACCACAGCGAAGUUCUACAGCCAUAACUGACAAUGAGCUAUGUGAGUUGGCUGCAUGAUGUGCCACAGUCACAGGACCACAACAGGGCCUCUGCUGCAGUUAGUAGCAUAUACUGGCAGAGGCAAGCAUUCAGGUAUUUGGGGCCCAGGAACCUACUUUAUAGACCAAAGUCUGAAAACUGGGCCUGCUUGCAUUCCGGUGCUGUUCUUUAAGGAUUGGCGAGGUACAUUCCCAAAUCGCAAUGCCACCCAGAAGCCUGGCAGCCUCAUUUUACACCAUCUCCAAGCGCAGGAACUCCUUUCGACGUAUCCAGACAGCCUUCCAGUGUUGGGUCCUUGAAUACCGCCCAAUCUACGCACCUGAUCCUUCUGGAAGAGUUUGGCCUCAUCCAGCAUGGAGCCAAGUACUGCCCACCACCAGCACUUUCAUCUGGACAGAGUUCAUUCUCAACUCAUUGGCCCUCACCCAGCUCAUUGCUGCACCCAGACUCCGAUCCAGCAACUGCACAUCCUCUCCUGAAUAAGAGCUGGACAUCACCCACAUACUGUUGACAUGGCAACUUUCCCCAACAGGUUCAUAGAGUUGUAGAAAAGCACAGGGCCGGUGGUGGCAUGGGAGCUCACAGUAGAAUCGUAGAGUUGGAAGGGACCCUGAGGACUGUCGAGCAGCCCAACCCCCUGCAAUGCAGGAAUAUGCAGUUGCCAGGAUCAAACCAGCAACCUUGGCACUGUCAGCACCACGCUCUAACCAACCGAGCUGUCCAGGCAGUUUCAGAGUUGAGUUGCACAGGUAGCAGGGAUGCAGUUUUCGGAAUACAGAGUUUUUGAGCUUUAUGGGUGCUGAAAAGGGUUCGCAUUUAUUGUGCCCUAUCCUGGUCAUUUGGAUUGCUGUUCAGAAGGUCGACAGUUCAAAUCCCCGCGACGGGGUGAGCUCCUGUUGCUUGGUCUCUGCUCUUGGCAACCUAGCAGUUCGAAAGCACACAGUGCAAGUAGAUAAAUAGGUACCACUCCAGCGGGAAGGUAAACGGUGUUUCCUUGUGCUGAUCUGGUUCGCCAGAAGUGGCUUAGUCAUGCUGGCCACAUGACCAGCUGUACGCCGGCUCCCUCGGCCAGUAAAGUGAGAUGAGCGCCGCAACCCCAGAGUCGUCUGCGACUGGACCUAACGGUCAGGGGUCCCUUUACCUUUACCUAUCCUGGUCAUUCGGAUUGAUCCCACACUCUUGAAAUUGCUGCAUGUUUUCACAGGAGAUAGACACUAGCCUUUGUUUGUAAAAGAGGGUUGACAGUGUUGUAGAAAACGGCAUUAUACCCUCUGGUGUGUACAUUCCUACCAGUGAAAUCUCUGGCAAACAGGUGUUGCAAGGGGGGUGGGUUGUAGUGUUCAAAAAACCUGUUUCUUUAGUGGUUUCUGCAACGGUGAACCAAAAAAGCAAAGAAAAGCAAAACUAUUGUGUAUAUUAUUAUCAUCAUUAUUAUUAUUAUUUCUAUAUUUACCCUUCAUCAAAGGAUCAUGGAAUGGUUUACAAUAUAAAAACACAAAAAUACACACCAUAGUAAUAAACAAAAGCUAUACCCGCCCCCAACACAGUUUAAAAGGCCAUAGAUCGUUUAAUUAGCCAAAGCCCUAGGAGAAGAAGGUUACUGCUUGGUGCCUAAAACUAUGUAAUGAAGGCGCCAGGUGAGCGUCCCUGGGGAGAGCACUCCACAAGCAGGGAGCCACCACAAAAAAGGCCCGUUCUUGUGUUGUCGCUCUCUGGACCUCUUGUGGAGGAGGCACAUGAAGAAGAGCUUCAGGUUAUGAUUGCAGGUUGGUUCAUAUGGGGACAUCACAGCAGUGCCUUACCUUUGCCUCUUGGUUAUUACGCAUGUUCCUGCUUUACUUUUCAGGAAGACUUGGUGAAUACUAUUGGUGAGAGUGCGGCACUGGGGGCCGCAGGAGUCGUCCUGUGGGGAAACCAUCGGUAUGCCCUAAGUAAAGUAAGUGAAUCUGGGUUAAGAAAAUGUAUUUGAUUUUGCAAGAAUUCUUGGGUAACCUCUCAUCUUCUUCUCUCCCCACCCCCGUGUAUUAAUUUUGUUUUUUUACAUAUACAGUGGUACCACUGGUUACAUACGCUUCAGGUUACAUAUGCUUCAGGUUACACACUCCGCUAACCCAGAAACAGUGCUUCAGGUUAAGAACUUUGCUUCAGGAUAAGAACAGAAAUCGGGCUCCCACGACGCGGCGGCAGCAGAAGGCCCCAUUAGCUAAAGUGGUGCUUCAGGUUAAGAACAGUUUCAGGUUAAGAAUGGACCUCCGGAACUAAUUAAGUACUUAACCUGAGGUACCACUGUAAAGGGACACGGGUGGCGCUGUGGGUAAAACCUCAGCGCCUAAGACUUGCCGAUCGCAUGGUUGGCGGUUUGAAUCCCCGUGGCGGGGUGCGCUCCCGUCGUUCGGUCCCAGCGCCUGCCAACCUAGCAGUUCGAAAGCACCCCCGGGUGCAAGUAGAUAAAUAGGGACCGCUUACUAGCGGGAAGGUAAACGGCGUUCUGUGUGCUGCGUUGGCUCGCCAGAUGCAGCUUGUCACGCUGGCCACGUGACCCGGAAGUGUCUGCAGACAGCACUGGCUCCCGGCCUCUAGAGUGAGAUGAGCGCACAACCCUAGAGUCUGGCAAGACUGGCCCAUAUGGGCAGGUGUACGUUUACCUUAUUACCACUGUAAUACAGUAAAAAACCAAACUGGUCUAAAGAGUAAUAAUAAUAAUGAUAAUAAUGUAAUGCAGAAAAAGAAACAAAAAGAUAUAACAGAAGAAGAAAGGGGGGAGAAAGAAGAAAGAAAAAUAAAAUAAAAUAAAAUAGUAGAACAGAACAGCAGCAGCAGCAGCAGCAACAACAACACCACAAAAGCUGUCACAAUUGUAUCUUAAUGUUCAGUCCACAUACAGGGAAGUACCGGUAAAUCCUCCCAGCUCUCACUUGGGAGCUUCCCCCUUCCUCAACCUCACACCUUGAGAAAGACCUUUCUUGCCUGCCUUCCUCUUCUGUCCAACACCUCUCUGUAUGUAUCUUUUUACCCCAAAUAUAUGUCUUCAGCAGUGCUUUUUUUAAAAAAGAAAAAUGGAUGCCAGUAAUCACCAUGAAGUAAGCGCCACACUUUUUAACAACAAAAAAGAGGUGCCGGUGCUGCAUAGCCUUGAGGACCCUCUGAAAAAAAGCUCUGGGCUCCAGAAAAUAAAACUUACAUAUGAGUAAGAUAAACAGAGGGCUCUCAAGAAUUUAAAAUAAUAAAAAGAACAAUAAAAAAUGUAAAGGAGAAAAGAGAUUCUUCAAAGAGCUGAUUUUCGUGGUGAAAGCUCUGGGGAAGAAAGAAAGAAAGAAAGAAAGAAAGAAAGAAAGAAAGAAAGAAAGAAAGAAAGAAAGAAAGAAAAGGGGGGAGAGCUCAGAAAGAGCAGGGCAAAAUGUAAAUGCAGAGAAGCCCUUAGUAUAAUACCUGAAUGUGGCAAUCUUGGUGGCUCAACUGAGUGGGUUCUCCAACUAGGCAAACCUAUAUACCUACACGUCGUGGUGGUAUCAAGGUAAAGGUAAUGGGACCCCUGACCAUUAGGUCCAGUCGUGGCCAACUCUGGGGUUGCAGUGCUCAUCUUGCUUUAUUGGCCAAGGGAGCCGGCGUACAGCUUCCAGGUCAUGUGGCCAGCAUGACGAAGCCACUUCUGGCGAACCAGAGCAGCACACGGAAAUGCCGUUUACCUUCCCGCCGGAGCGGUACCUAUUUAUCUACUUGCACUUUGACGUGCUUUCGAAGUGCUAGGUGGGCAGGAGCAGGGACUGAGCAACGGGAGCUCACCCCGUCGCGGGGAUUCAAACUGCUGACUUUCCGAUUGGCAAGCCCUAGGCUCUGUGGUUUAACCCACAGCGCCACCUGCAUCCCGUGGUGGUGUCAACAGAUCUGGAAAUUACAGAAAAAGAUGAGGAGCAAAAUGAAUUUUGCUGCUUUCCUCCCUGCCACGGGCUGUAGAAUCAUACAGAUAAAUAAAUAAAACUGAGAUUUAGGGAAUCCCCCCCCCCCAUUCCCUUCUUUGCCACGGACACAUUCCUUGAUCACUCAGACAAGUAUCUGUCCUGGUCAUUUGACAAUAGAGAUGCAAUCUGCAACCCAACAUUCCAGUUUAUAUGGGAGUGAGCCACCGUGGACCCUGUGGGGUUUACUUCCCUGUAGAUGUGCAAGGUAUCGCUCUGACACUAAGCUUGUUGUUGUCUUUGUUUUCUUUAAGGAAAGCUGCUUGCAGCUGAAAAGCUAUAUAAGUGGUCCCUUGGGACGUUACAUCAUUAAUGUGACUUCUGCGGCCACGUUCUGCAGCAAAACUCUCUGCAACAUGAAUGGAAGAUGCGUUCGUAGAAACAGUGAAUCGGAUGCUUAUCUGCAUUUGCCUUCUCACCGUUAUAAGAUUGUCUUCGAUAACUCCGAUGCAAGAAAAGUCCUCGUGAAAGGAUAUCUGAGGCAGAAGGAUAGAAAGGCCCUGAAAAGCAGUUUCAUCUGCCACUGUUACCAGGGAUGGAAGGGGUCGGCUUGCAAGUGGCCUUCGUCCUCAAAAGGGUGAAAACCAUACUGACAAUAAAGGCAAUUCAGUCUCUCUUACUCAAUA